AUUUUUUUGACAUUAUUAUUAAAUACUUUGAUAUAAAUUUUACUUUAAAAAAUCCAAACUGGAAGGUGUAAAUGAAGUUAUUGUGAUACACAAGGAUAGGGAAACAAGUACCGUAUACGGCAUGCCAUGUCACGGUCCGAAGACUACUGUUGAAAAGGAUUGGCCCUAUGAUGAAUAUUAUCAGGGUGAGAGAGACCAGGAUCAAAGGAAACACGGGCAUGGUGGGAACCACUGGACUGGAGCCGAGUCCCAGCAAUCGUACGAUGGUAGCCUACUACGUGAUACCAUGCACGGCUACGGCGACUACCGCUGGCGCUACAUCGACGCUAACCACAUGGCCUUCACCUACGAAGGUCACUACUACAACAACCGCAUGCAUGGCUACGGGACUAUGUCGUAUCCCGAUGGACGUGUCUUUAAGGGAUUGUACUAUAACGACGUGCGCUGGGGACCUGGCGUGGAGUCCCACGCUUGCCUUCGCGCGGACGUAGGUCUCUGGCGUGGUACGCAGCUGAUGCGCCUCUCCUGGCGACCUUCGGCUCCCCCCAUAGCCCCCGACCUGGAUACUUCGACACACGGAAGCAAUACAGUGGCUCCUCAUCGUAUCAAACUAAUUAAUGAGACAAAGAUUGUUGGCGAAGUAAAUUCGGCUCUAGAUCUGCUGAAGAAGCACGGGUGUGAUCCGUUGGUGGCGGCGGAGAACUGGCCCAGGCUGUACCCGAAGUCCUGCACUGAUACCAACAGUCAGCUCUGCCAUGUGGAGCUUUUCGACCGCGCCUACUACAACAACCAAAUUAACACCCUUGUCGAGCACUCUGGAACUUUACCGGCGGUAAGUGACGACAGUAUGACCAAGGACAGUUUGCCCGAAGACAAAGUGUACAACGCAUGGAACAACAACAGGAUGAUCAUACACAUGAUGAAGCAUUGCUACCAGCACGAGGAGCAGCGAGCCAAGUUCAAGCUGCAGCUGAACAAAAUAAUGUCUGGCCCCAGGAGCUCCUUCAAACCUGCUGGGAGGCAUGAGCUGGAUUGCAGGACGAUGUUAAUGGCAUGUUUUUUGGGACACAUCUCCAACGUUGCCCAGCUAAUUAAUGAGUUUGAUGUAAACCCUAACGUCACAGAUUUAAAAGGGAAUUCGGCAAUGAUGUACGCAGCGUGCGGAGAUCAGCCCGAAAUAAUUCAUUUCUUGCUGGAAGCCGGAGCCGAAAUAGACAGCCAGAACGAUGUGUGCUGCACCCCGCUAGGCAUCGCUCUGCUGCGGUUCACGAUGGCUCGCUGGGAGAUACCGCCAGGGUCGAUGCUAGCGGCGCUACUGCCACCAACACACCACUUGCCCCACGUAGCAGAACAUGCAGUUUUAGAAUGGCAUAUAAAAAGAGAUUUAAACCCGCCUCCUGCAGUUGCACCAUUAUCUAAGGUCCCCAGUAAAACACUGAAGCCUUUAGGUACGAAAAGAAUGGCUUCAGUGGUACCAGCAACGGCCACGAAAAGAAAAUCUGAAGUAAAACCAAUACCAGAACCAGUUGCUGAAAGCAGACCAAGCGCAGUUGAAGACGCAUUCUCAGAAGAAAAACGACUCUAUAGUACAAUCAAUAGUGAAUAUUUAAUACGAGUCCAUGAUGAGUUUGCAUCGAUUGUUCCACAUUCGUCAAUUCCGAAUAUUUUUGAAGUUCGAGAUAUGUCUAAAGAAGUUGACGCAGACAUUUUGAUGUUUGAAGAUGAUCACAGAAAGAUGCCGGAUAAAAAUGCUAAGAGAGUUGCGUCGAAAGUUAUAAAGGAUACUUUGAGACCCAGCAGAGACAUGAUGUGGCAGGCAUUCGAUACGGAAAACGACAUGAUAGAUACCAUAGAACAAAUGAAACAGGAUAAGAUGGGGCGGAUAAUGUUGACCAUCCUUCAGUUACUGGAAGACGGCGCAGACCCGCGCAAAGUCAAGUGUCCACAACCCCCACUCUUGAUAGCUACUGUGGCCGGCUGUGCUGACUUAAUUCGUGAACUCGUUCGCCAUGGCGCGGAUGUCAAUGAAGCCUUUCCAAAAUCGUUAGGAUACACAUCACUAGAUAUAGCUGUUAGCGGACCCUUGACGUUCGACAAUUUAGAAGUAAUACGCUCCUUGCUUGAGAGUGGAGCUCGAACAGACCACAGAUUACCGAUCCCUGAUGGAGUGGCGUCCGGAUCUCUGGAACCAGCAGUUCUAAACGUAGAAGGGCCAACAUUACUCCAUGCAAUAAUGGCGAGGAAAGUAGACUUUGAACCAGAGGAAGAGGUUCGUCGUAACAUCCUAGAAUUACUUCUUGAACAUGGCUGCGAUCCUAUAACUCAAUAUAAGGGUCACUCAGCAGUUAAUAUGGCUAUGUUAAAGAGUAUGGAUAUAUUCGACAUCGUCUUGAGAAGCCCCAACACUGACCUCAACGCUAUCAUCAAUGAAAAUAAUCAAACUAUUUUGGUGAAAAUGUUCUAUUUGCCAUAUUGCAAGUUGAUUCCACUCCAAGAAAAAAUACAAAUGUUGACAAACCUGCUCCUAUUCGGCGCAGAUCCUCUUAUAAAAUGUCAAAAUGGGAAGGAUGAAUACAGCAACCUCUUCGUUUAUGCAAGAAAGGUUUUGUCUGAUCUAGAAUCGUCUCGAAAGCCUCCAAGUCCCACCGGAGGGAACGCAAAGAAGGCUAAAAGCGAAGUCAAACCAAAGAAAGAUACCAAGACGAAGGAUACUAAGUCUGCGAAAGCCGUAGGAGUAGCGAGGACGGCGGCCGAUGACAUCGCUGAUUACAAACAAGCACUGGACCUAGUCGUCGAGUGCGCAAGACUCCUGUACAUCAGGUGGCUGCAAGCCAAGCUUCUGAUUGAGCUGAUUGAAAUCGUUGACAAAUAUAAACAUCGUCAAUGGAACAUGAUACUGAAGGAGCACAAAAAUAAGAAAAGUACAGGCCUCUGGCUAACAGCCCUCCGAUGCCUCGAAAUCUGGGAAGUCCUAAAGACCACCAAGAAAAAAGUAUACAACGACCGGAUCCUGAGGCACUUGCUUUGCAUUGUCCACUUUUAUUACAAGAGAAUGUGGAAAGUUUUGCGGGGAUGGCCUAUCGUGAAACCUUCCAACACCAUGACGUCACAGGAGAAGGCUUUGAUAGAGUCCGAAGUUAUGGCGUUCAUCCACGAACAUAAGUUGGCUACGAUGUCGACCCCAGACGUGAUGACUUCUAGACGACCGUAUGUUACACCGGAGCUUACUGUAAAAGGGACUGAAAAGUUCAACGUGUGUUUCGAUUGUGCCUUACCGCUUGUUGACGAUAAGAUACCUUGUGCAUCCUGCAAAUUAAUCUCAUUCUGCUCCUUUGACUGCAUGAAAGCAAACAUCGGUAGAGCCAAUUGCCAUCCAUGCAGUGAAUAUUUGAAAAACAAAUAUUUCCCAACGCCCGAAGAAGCUGAUACUGAAACUGAAACUGAUCUUGUUUAAAUAGAUUCUGUUUGUUUAUAGUAUUUAAUUUUAUGUUUUCUUGUACCUACAGUAAAUAUUUUAUAUUAAUUUAA